GCUGCAGCUUCCACAGAGCAGUCCUUUCAAUCAGUGAGCGCUGAGGCUGGGAACCUCGGCACUGUACUGUACUGCGCGCGCGCGCUCCAGCCGUUAUAAUAAGAAAGCAGCGCUUGAUCGGGAACCGGAGCCGACACGCACCGGACCGCGCUGACGCUCCGAGAGCCCUGCUCCUUAUGGACACUCAUCAUGCGGAGGAUUAGGGCCAACGCCAUCGCCAUCCUCACCGUCGCUUGGAUCCUGGGCACCUUUUAUUACCUGUGGCAGGACAACAAGCCGCGCGCGAGCCCUUCUUCAGCGGCUCAGGCGCGCGCUAAAAGCCGCGGGCCGAAACCUGCUGCUUCUGGGCGCGUGGACAUCCGGCGAGAGGACCGGACACUUCCGCUGAUCGUGACCCAUCCUCCACGGGCUGAGCAGCAGGCUCAGUUGUUGGGCAGCUUUGAUGAGAGAGCCUAUUUAGCCAGUAAACAGCUGAAAGCAGGCGAGGAUCCGUACAAAGAGCACGCUUUCAACCUGCAGGAGAGCGACAGGCUGGGAAGUGAACGGGCCAUCAGAGACACACGACACUACAGAUGUGCCUCAGUGACCUUUGACCCUGACCUGCCCUCCACCAGCAUCAUCAUCACCUUCCACAAUGAAGCUCGCUCCACCCUCCUGCGCACCAUUAAAAGCGUACUUCUCAGAAGUCCACCCCAUCUGAUACAAGAAAUGAUUCUUGUGGAUGAUUUCAGCUCUGACCCUGAGGACUGCCAGCUGCUCUCUCAGAUCCCCAAAGUGCGCUGCCUGAGAAAUGAACGGCGAGAGGGUUUGAUCAGGUCUCGGGUAAGGGGAGCCGGCGCUGCCUCAGCUUUUAUCCUCACCUUCCUGGACAGCCACUGUGAGGUGAACACAGACUGGAUCCAGCCAAUGAUCCAGAGAGUCAAAGAGGAUCACACUCGGGUUGUCAGCCCCAUCAUUGAUGUGAUCAGCCUGGACAACUUUGCUUACCUGGCAGCAUCCGCUGACCUCAGAGGAGGGUUUGACUGGAGCUUACAUUUUAAAUGGGAGCAGAUUCCUAUUGAGCAGAAAAUGGCCCGGACUGAUCCAACCCAGCCAAUCAGGACUCCAGUGAUUGCAGGUGGGAUCUUUGUUAUGGACAAGAGUUGGUUCAAUCACCUGGGCCAGUACGACACUCACAUGGACAUCUGGGGUGGUGAAAACUUUGAGCUGUCAUUCCGGGUGUGGAUGUGUGGAGGCAGUCUGGAAAUUUUACCCUGCAGUCGCGUGGGCCACGUUUUCAGGAAACGCCACCCUUAUGACUUCCCAGAAGGCAAUGCUCUCACCUAUAUCAAGAAUACACGGCGAGCUGCAGAAGUGUGGAUGGAUGACUAUAAGCAGUAUUAUUAUGCUGCAAGACCUUCUGCUCAGGGAAGGGCCUUUGGGAGUAUUGCUGACCGACUGGAUCUAAGAAGGAAGCUGAACUGUAAAUCUUUCCGCUGGUAUCUGGAGAAUGUGUAUCCUGAGCUCAGGAUUCCAGAGCAGAAGGGUACAUAUAGUCUGCUGAAACAGGGUGGACUCUGCCUCGAAAGCUACAACAGAGACAGUCUGGGUCUGGCUGAGUGCAAGAGUGGCUCGAGUAUACCUGCCUCACAGAAAUGGAUGCUGGUUGAGCCCCAGAUCCGCCAACACGACCUGUGUUUUACUGUCACUGCGUUCUCCUCAGGGUCAAAGGUCAAACUGGAGCCCUGCAGCCCUAAAGAGUCCAGACAGAGAUGGAAGCCCAGAGGUCCGGCACUGCAGCACUUGGUCAGCGGUUUAUGUUUGGACAGCCAGCCCCCGGCAGGCCCGCCAGUUAUCGCACAGUGCCGCCCCCAGAUGGCCAGCCAAUCCUGGGAGCCUCAGCUGGUCACCUGACUUUGAGAUGGCGGGGUGAAGGAGAGUGAGAGGAAAGGAGUUUAGAAGGGUCACAGAAGCUUGCUGUGCUUUAGGGCCAAGAGGAACAUGUCUGUACGCUGUUUUAGUUUAAAGGUGCUGCUUUGAGACAAGUAAACCAUGGCCAUGUCCAAAAACCACUUUAGCACCUUUACGUCAUCUUCUGUUCUUACAUCUCUGAUCUUAAAGAAUCGGCCAGAGGUUUAAAAAAAAAAAAAAAACCACCGCGGUCUCAUAUGGAGAGUUUUAUAUUUGCUGGCUUCUUCCAUUCAGUCAUAUUUGGACCUGGUUAAGGUUUACAACAUAAUGAGAUUGUCCAGGGCUUGCAGGAGAAGGUUGUAAUUUUUUAUUUUUUUCCUGUUGUGUUGCUUAAGGACUCAAAGAGAAAGACUAGUUAUGUAUAUUUAUGCCUUUUACUGCCUUUAAGAACAGCCACUGAGCCCCCAUCUGUAUAAUACCAUUCCCUCAUGUAGAUGAUGUCCUAAAGCUUAUUAAAGUCAGUGUUUCUCUUCAA